AUGAAUUCUUUGACACCAAAUUCAAUUCAAGAUAUAAUCAAAGGUGAUAACAUUGAUAAACCAAUAGUUCAGCUCUUGGGAUUAAAAAAGAUGGCAGGAGCAGAUAUAUCAUCUGAUAGAUAUAGAUUGUUAUUAUCUGAUGGUAAAAAUUGCACAACCUCUGUACUUUUAGCAAAUCAGUUAAAUGAUCUUAUUACAAGUGGAAAGCUAGAAAACUAUGCCAUUAUUAGACUUGAUAAAUAUUUAUGCAAUAAUGUCAAUAAUGAAAAGCGAAUUUUAGUUGUACUUGAAUUAAGUAUUGUUAAACCCGGUAAUAUGUCACAAAAAAUUGGUAACCCAGAACCUUAUAAACAAACUAAUGAAAAUCAAACUGUAAAUAAUUCUUUAGAUGGAAAUCCAACAAAAAAGGCCAGAAAUAAUUCUCAAAAUAUUGGCCCUAUAAACCCCAUUGCAAGCUUAUCUCCCUAUCAAAACAGAUGGAUUAUAAAGGCGCGUGUCACAAAUAAAUCUAACAUUCGCACGUGGAGUAAUUCGAAAGGCGAGGGAAAACUUUUCUCCUUUGAUUUAUUGGACGAAAGUUCUGAGAUAAGGGUGACCUGUUUUAAUCAAGAAUGUGACAAUUUUUACUCCAUGAUUGAAGCUGGCAAGGUUUAUUAUAUAUCCAGAGCAACGUUGAAAGCUGCAAACAAAUCAUUUUCCUCCAUCAAAAAUGAUUACGAAAUAACUCUCAACUCAGAUUCAUCGGUUACACCGUGUUACGACGAAAUUGAUGAUAUCCCAAAUAUCCAAUACAACUUCAUACCUAUCAAUGAAAUAUUGACCUUAGAAAAGGAUAUCAUGAUAGACGUUAUUGCGGUCAUUUUAUCCGCCAGCGAUAUCCAGACGAUUAUUAGUCGUAACAUGAACAAGGAGAUCAAGAAACGCGACUUAGUUAUUGCCGAUCAAACCAUGACUUCCAUAAACUUGACCAUGUGGGGAGCUGACGCGGAGAAUCUCGUCCUUCCUCCCGUUGGAGGCGGCGAAGAAAAGCUGGUGAUAGCGGUUAAAUCAGCUCGGUUAACGGAUUUUAAUGGGCGUUCUCUAUCCCUAACACUCUCGAGUUCGUAUCAAAUCGACCCCGACAUUAGCGAAUGCGCCAAAUUAAAGGAGUGGUACAUGACUCAAGGGCAUCUCAUGAAGUCCUCUAUCGUUCACGCCUCCGAAUCUAAUAUUAUGGGCUCUAGCGUGAAUGGCGUCAGCACUGAUUGGAAGUUCUUGCAUCAAAUCAAGGACGAAAAUUUGGGGCAAGGCGAUAAGCCAGACUACCUCAUGGUUAAAGCUACAGUGGAAUUCUUCAAGAAAGAGAACAGCAUGUAUCAGGCUUGCCCUUCGACCGAAUGCAAUAAAAAGGUUGUCGAUAUGAAUAACGGUAAAUAUAGGUGCGAAAAAUGUCAAAAAGAUUACGACAAUUUCAAAUGGCGCCUAAUUUUGUCGGUCAAUAUAGCAGAUUUUUCUGGGAGCCAAUGGGUGAUGGCCUUUCAAGAAGCGGCAGAAAUGUUGUUAGAAACGACAGCGGAGACCUUGGGUGAUCUAAAAAACAGUAACGAGGCAUUAUACGACGAAAAAUUUCAAAAUGGAAUUUUUAAAUCCUACAUAUUCAAACUCAGGGCUAAAGUGGAAACAUUUAACGAAGAAACUCGAUUAAAGGUCACCUGCAUGUCAGCGAAACCCGUCAAUUUUAGCGAAUAUAACAAACGACUGAUAGACGAAAUUACUAAAUUAUCGAUAAAAUGAAUUCUGUAAAGAAAAGAUACAAUUAUUAUUUUUUUGU